AAGGAUGACCUCCAAGAUAAACUAAGCUCAUUUUUGAGUUGUCAUCACUUCUUGACAUCUCUCUCCGUCUCCCUCUGUUGCACAUGCUGCUGGUGUUCAUAGGAGCUCCAUUUCCAGAGCGCCCGCCCACCAUGCGUUGACAUUUCCAAGUAUUUGACCAAUCGACCACCCCGACCUCCCUUCCCUGCCAAGCUUCUUCUUCUUUUUCUUCUCCACCUUCCUCUCUCUCUCUCUGCAGUUCUGUCGACAAAAACACUUGCCAUUUUUAUACUGCUGGGGAGCUGGCGAAGGUCGACUAUAUGGUCUCCAUUCACCUCUCAAAAGAAGAAAGAGGGAGGGAGAGAGACAGAGACGAUGAGCAACAGCUCUGCGAAUUUUGAUUAUUCAAAUGGAGGGCCUCUGAGCGGGUUCGCCUAUGGGAUAGGAGUCGCCGUCGGCGUCCUCGUCCUUAUCACCACCAUCACCGUCGCCUCCUACUUCUGCGCCCGCGCCCACACCUCCACACAACAACAGCGCCAGCAGCGGCAGGAACCCGGCAACGACAAUCUCCUGAACGGUAUUGGGGCGGUCGCCGGCGGCGGCGGCCUGGACGACGCCACCUUGCUCACUUGUCCUAAGCUCACCUACGCUCAGGCAGCGGGGCGGAGGGGAGGCGGCUCCCCUGUGCUGCCCAGCUGCUGCUCCAUCUGCCUAAUGGACUAUAAGGACUCAGACAUUCUCCGCCUCCUUCCCGACUGCGGCCACCUCUUCCAUGUCAAGUGCGUCGACCCCUGGCUCAAGCUUCGGCCCACCUGCCCCAUGUGUCGAACCUCUCCCCUUCCCUCCCCUCUGCCCACGCCGCUCGCCGAGAUCGUCCCUUUGGCCCGCCGGCAGCCCGUGUAGGAUUUCCCGGCCUCCCCAUGAAAGCCAAGACUUCUGAAUUCCUUUCGGCACCAAGGCUGGUGGAAAGGAAGCGAGCCACCAGUGACAACUGAAAAGGUAGAUAUACGUGAAUCUCGACGACCAACAUCGAAGGUUUUGGCAUAUGCAAGUACAAUUCCGCAUCCGAUUUCCCCUAUUGAGAGAUGAACAAAAAGCCGGCCUCGAUUUUAUCUUCAAAUUAAGCAAGUGAUUGAUCAAUUGGCUCGCAACCACCAUGAUUACUCUCUCUCAUCUCUUGUCCUUUUCUUUUACUGACAAAUUCUGCAAUUCCACUACCAUUGUUGUGCAAUUAAAUUCUGCAUCGAACUCGUGAAAGACUCCAAAUUCAAAUAGAAAUCCUGAUCUCUCCCCGCAGUUUGAGGUAUAUAAUCUAGUUUCCUGGAUGACCAGUUAGGAUAGGGAAGCCAGGUACCUAGGGUGGUGGGUCGAUGCCAGCAUGAGGGGGACACAUGGUGGGGACUACAGAUCCUGUGCCAGGGUACAGGGGAGAUCCUGGCGCUGUCCGUUGGGUCCGUUGCCGGCCAGACAGGAAAAUUAAGCUCCAGGAGGCGUCACACUUCUUCGAUUUGGCUGCGCCACCAUCAAUGCUUUGGAUGAAGUUGGCAACCGGCGGAACAAUCCGGAAGCAGAACAGACGCUUUCUUAAAACAAUGUGGACUUUUUUAUGUGCGUGAAACCAUUGCAUGUAUUAGGGGAAAUUAUUAAUAGGAGCCACUGCUGCUCUGACCUGCAAUGAAACGCUUGGUACUAAAAGUUCAUGGACGCAUUUAUUCUGGUAUUUUUUUGAACUGUAGUUCAAUAUCUGGUUGAUUCAGUCGCCACCGUUCUUUUCUGUUCAUUUGAUGUUGCCUUUAAGUCUCCGAUGUCUACACAAGAUGCGACUCGAGCAUACAAUUAUGGCUAAAAUCA